UCUUUCUUAUUGCAACUCUCUCUCUCCUCUCUCUCUCUCUCUCUCUCUCUCUCUCUCUCUCUCUCUCUCUCUCUCUCUCUCAUCUCAUAUAUAUCUCAAGAAAGAAUUGAAAGUACAAUCAAGAAGCAUUGAAAGUUGCUAAUUUGGAAAGAAAACCAUGAUGCACCUUAAGGAAACUGAGUUAUGCCUCGGCUUGCCCGGAGGCGGUGAGCCGGAUACUUUAAAGGUCACCGGAAAACGUGGGUACUCGGAGACUGUUGAUCUUAUGCUCAAUCUUCAAACAAAUGAUCAGUCCUCUUCUUCAACUGAUCUCAAGGAUAAGAAGUUGCAGAAUUCAGCUAGCAACAACAAAGAUUUGAUCAAACCACCAGCCAAGGCACAGGUGGUAGGAUGGCCACCAGUGCGAAACUACCGCAAGAAUGUGAUGGCUCAGAAGAGCACCACUGAGGAAACUGAGAAGGUGGUGGCAGCCACCGCUGGUAGCGGCAGCACGGCGGCGUUUGUGAAGGUUUCCAUGGAUGGAGCACCCUAUCUUCGCAAGGUGGACCUCAAAUUGUAUGAGAGUUAUCAACAACUAUCUGAUGCUUUGGCCAAGAUGUUUAGUUCCUUCACAAUGGGAGAUUAUGGAUCCCAAGGGAUGAUAGAUUUCAUGAAUGAGAGCAAACUGAUGGAUCUACUGAACAGUUCUGAGUAUGUUCCAAGCUAUGAAGAUAAAGAUGGUGACUGGAUGCUUGUCGGUGAUGUCCCAUGGCAAAUGUUUGUUGAUUCAUGCAAGCGACUUCGAAUCAUGAAGGGAUCGGAUGCAAUCGGACUCGCACCGAGAGCGAUGGAGAAGUGCAAGAACAGGUGCUAAACUCAUAUCUAAAGCUGCAAACCCUAAUAUUGAUUCAAGUUCAUGCAUGGCAACUUCAGUUAUAUCAAAAGCAUGGAUGGAUCAAGCUGUUAAUGUUUGAAUGUGUUUGGAUUUGUUUUUGUUUUUUGUUUAUUCUAAGUAAAAAAAAAACUUUAAGUUUAAUAGUAUAUAGAAUUUGUGAAAAGGUGAUUUGGGACAUUUGUAAUGGACAAAAACAAUGAAUCUCGUACUGGGUUGCCUCACAAAACAUAUAUCUGGAGUGUUUAAAUUGUUGUUCAUGUUUUCAUAAGUUGUUGUUUAUGUUGUCAUAAAUUGUGUUACAUGUUUUCGUAAAUUAUCGUUCAUGUUGUCAUGAA